AUGGCCAUUUUCUCAGCCGGUCUGAGCAAUGUGCUGUCAUGGAUCCAUCUACGAGUCGCUUCUGGACGACGGCGGCGCUUCUGUCUCCAUUGGCUGACAGCAUAUCGAGUAUUGAUAUCUAGUGUCAUCAUGAUCAACCUUGGAGUCUGGGUCUCCCAGAUGGUCGUCAAUACCGCAGUGGAGACGCCCCUGACAGCCACAGCUGCCAACAUCAUGGCUGCCGUUCUGUUACGACAAGAGGAGGUCAUUAACUUCAGCUUCAAGCUCGUCUCCCAUCUUCCUCCGACCCUCCCACUCUCUUUACGUAAGGCCAUUGGCGAUUUUCACCACUAUGGCGGGUUACACAUCGGAUGCGCACUGUCAGCGCUGCUCUGGUACAUCAUGUUCACUGGUCUGAACACUGUUCGGGUGCUCAACUUCUUGCAGCUAGGCAACAUGACCACAUCACUCUACAUUGACAUCGUUUUAGCGUACACCGCCCUGCUUGCCAUUCUCAUAGUCUGCUUAACAGCAAUUCCCCGAUUCCGAGUACGUUUCCACAACACUUUCGAAGCAACGCAUCGCUUCGGCGGAUGGGCCGCAUUACUCGUUCUAUGGGUCCACGCCGGCAUCACCACUCUGACCCCAGACGCCGUCACGCCACUCUACGCUCACCCUUCAACAUGGAUGCUAGCCAUCACAGCCCUCCUCAUCAUCCUCCCCUGGCUACGCAUCCGCCGCGUCCCCAUCACAGCUCACCCAAUCUCCGCUCGCGAAGUCCAACUUACCUUCCCCUACACAUCGAUGCCCUACACAAGCACAAUCCGGACCUCAGUCGCGCCUCUGACAGAAUGGCACGCCUUCGCCACGAUACCUGUUACAGACACAACUGCAAAAAUCAUCAUCUCCCGCGCCGGUGACUGGACAGCCUCCAUCAUCUCCUGCCCGCCAACACAACUCUGGGUCCGCCACCCUCCCACACUCAACUUCCUCACCUUCGCGCCACUGUUCAAUUCGCUAUUGCUCAUCGCAACGGGCGCUGGCAUCGGCCCCAUGCUCAGCCUCCUCGCCUCUCCCGCUGUCACACACAUGCGCGCCCAGGGCCGGAAAGUGAAAGUCAUGUGGUGCGCGUACGACCCCUACGCACCGCACUGGGCGUUUGUGCUCGAUGCGGUGUGGGAGGUGGAUAAGGAGGCGCGGGUGUGGGAUAGUAAGGUAGGAAGACCGGAUGUCGCGUCUGAGGCGCGGUAUUUGGCUAUGAGCGAAGGUAUUGAGACGGUGAUGGUUGUUAGUAAUCCGAAGGUUACGAAGGACGUGGUGGAUGAGUGUAAGAUCGCUGGGUUGGCGGCGUAUGGGGCUGUGUAUGAUUCCUGAGCGGUGGGUUUGGGAUGACGAGAUGUUGGGAGAGCCCGCUCUGGAACGGAGCUGCAUACGACUUGACGACGCCGGACGAUAUUGAGUCUAUUAUAACAGAGUUGUUUGUGGACACAACCGUUCUGGUGCAAAGAAGGGAUGGGAAUGAUCUUUUUCGAAGGCAUGAAGAUGCCACGACGACGGAAUAUCAAGGACGGGACUGUAUACGGGAC